GCAUCUCUCUAUCCCCUCUCUCUGUCCCAUAUGUUUGGCUCGUCUCCUUCGGUGCCCUCCAUGAGGUUUCUGUGGUUGCGGCAAAAGCCGGGGGGAAGAGCCGGGCUCGCGCGAUGCAAGGUAGGAAGAGAAAUAUGCCGGUGUCAUGCAUGCUGGAGGCUCAGAGAUUAAGCUCGUUGCAACACAUUUUGCAGCAUCGUGAUGCAGCAACAUUUUUGAGGCAAUGCGUAUCAGCUUCUCACCGUGCUUCCUUCCUCUCUUUAUCUUUUACAGAGUUUAAGUACUUGAGGGAUGGGGCCACACUGGUGAUUUCAUUGGAUGGUUUAAAUUGGCUGUCUAAAAGGAGAUGCAAUGACAAAGGAGUCAGAAAAAGGGAUGACGAGCUCCAGGUGUUGAUAUCCUCAGGUCAGAUGAUCCCGGCGGAAGAGGAGCCGCAGCCGAUUACCUGCUUCUGUAUCCUCGAUCAAAGAGGAAGAGGAAUCCCCCAGUUAUGGAGGAGCUGUGACCACAUAUCAAGCUCAGUAACGCGGCUGCCCUGCCUCUCCUUCCCACCUCGACAGCGUCGUCUCCUCGAGGAGCCCACACAUCAUUCAACACUCACUGCUUCCGCUCAUUCUGUCUCGGAGUGCACAAAGGAGGCCCCAUGGACAAGACUCAUUUUAAACAUGCAGGACAUGUUCAGCUUCCUCAAAAAGGAUUUGAACAUUGUGACCCAGCAGGACGCUGUAACCGAGAAGCAACAUAACAGGUUGAUCAUUUUCUGUGAUGGGGACAUACCGCAACAACUUUUUAGUGACACUCUCCGCACUGAGGAUUGUUGGACGUCUCCAGGAGAUACCGCUGGGCAAGUCACCGAUAACGCGUCUCACUGGUCCCUCCUGCCAGACAACAACAACAACAACUCUGAGGGGAUCCAACAUGAACUGGUCAGCAGAGACGAUUUUAACACAUGCAAGCCGAAGAGUCUUCUGAAGUCCUGUCAGAUCCACGCUGCUCCAGGAGGUUUGUCAGAGCGAGACGGGGCAGUAAAAAGGAGGAAGAGCGUGUCGUUUGAUGAUGACGUCAUGGUCUACCUGUUUGAUCAGGAGAGUCCCACCGUGGAGCUGCACUCUGGGAGCUGCACACCUCCGCCAAGCAGCCAUUCCUGCAACCUGCCAGACGUCACAUUAGAGGAUGGUGGCUUGGAGUGGGAAGACGACUUCUCAGCUUUGGAGAAGAGCUGCCAUUUUCAGUGGAUCAAACACUCUGUGCCUCAGCACUGCACCCUCUCCCUCCCAACGCGGAGCUGCUCUGCUCUGUCCAGGCGUCGCUUUCUCUCCCAAACCUGCCUGUUUCUCACUCACGUCACCGAGUCAGAUCUCGAGCUGUGAGAAAAAGACACAAACAUACUGAGUUGUAGGUGCUGAU